AUGCCUACACCACCCAAAAACACCACACCACCCAGUCGGACCAUCGUCCUCAAGCUCUCGUCGACCGUCCUCAGCCGCUUUCCUCAUGAGAGUCCGGCCGUCGACGAAAAGGACGUCAAAAUCAAAGACGCCUCGUCGCCACCAUCUUCCAUCAGCGGAGAAGUAGUUCAAGCUUCCUCUUUCGACAAUGCUUCCGACGCAGCUUCGACGCCUGCUCCUGCAGCUACAGAAGGCGGGAAAGCGAAGAAGGGCAACGGUGGUAGUGCGAGGGGAACGAAGAGAGCUCUAGACAAGACUGGCGAUGCUCCCAAGGCGCCUCGAAGCAGGCCCAGUGCUGCCAGAAAGAAGCUGAAAUUGGAUGACAAAACUACCGACAGCACCAAACUCAUGCCUCCCGGCCACAAACUCGGUCCCAAAGCCAACCAAGGCGCCAUUAACGCCGGCCUCCGCGCCCUCGAUCGCACCGGCGCACCAUGCCGUAAAUGGGAACGCAAACCCUUCCAACUCAAGAGCUUCACCGGCGUCGUCUGGGGGUUGUCGAGCUGGCACACACCCAAGCCCCUUUCCCAAGAGCAAACACCUGGCGAUUCGAGUGGUGUCGAAGAAUCAAAUGGCGUUACGCCUGCUGCUGUCGCUGCUGUCAAUGGGGACAGUGAUAGUAUCAGCAAAGCGAACCUCAUGAGUAGUGCUGUGCCGAGCGAGAAGAGUAAUGCCGGCGAGGGAGAGGGCGACAUGUCGUCGCUGCCUCCUAGUACUGCACAGUCUCCGGCGCCUGUUAUUGCGAUGACUGCUUAG